GAGAUCAGGGAUGUGGUGUGUGAAGGGAGGAGGGGGCGGCAUUAGUUGCGAUGUGAAUGGAAUAGAAACGGCAAGCGAGAGAGAGAGAGAGGGAGAGAGAGAAGGAGAGAGAGAGCAAAUCAACCUGCUUCUUUUGACUGAAUGAUGGGAUGGGGAAAUUAAGCUCUCCAGCACAGUGACCAGUGAAGGGAUUUUGUCCAGAGAAGGGAAGAGAGGGACAGACGAACCGGGGAGGAAAAUAUCUAGGAAAAUAAUCCACUACCCAGGAGGAGAAAGGGGAGGUAGCAGAAAAUGCUACCGGCAGGAGGGGGAGGAGGAAGAAGAAAGAAAUGAACGAGAUGAAAUGACAGAGAGAGGAAGAGCGAGAGAGGGGAACAGGAUGAAAUGUGGAGGUUUGCCGGGGGAAUUUCACUCUGGAGAUUUCAGAGGACCGCCUGAAAGUUGACUCGAGGUGGUGCCCAAAAACUGGAAAUCGUCAGACAAUGGGCCAGCGAAGCUGAUACUGUGAGAAUACUAAUUCAAGAAGAACAAACUGGGAAACUGGGAGUCUGCGCCCCUCCCCUUCCCCCCCCCACACCCCAUUUCCUUUAGUGAAAUUACAGCCAUCGCUCAAGGUGCCACCUAGGAUUGGCCACCGGCCAUUUCGGCUCUUCCAAAGCUCUCGUGGUCCUGUUGCGGCUGAUGCGUCGGUUGGAAACUGAGAAGGGCCGAACUGGAAAGGGAACCAUGCCGGGCUGCUGACGGGCUUCCAGGUGCCCUGGAUGGGAUCCUCGGGUUACCGGCCCCCUGCUCUGCUGUUGCUCAGGUGCUCGUGGGCGUUGGGUUAAAAUGUGAAUGCGUGAAACCGGAAAAGCGAUGAGCUGUUCGCCUCAUAAUGACCGCGCUCCCAGAUUGCAGCCUCUCGGAACAUUAACCGCCAGCCAUCAAGCGGCGCUGAAAUAAACACACACACACAAACACACGUACACACGUAUCGGAAGGUACGGUCUGUCCUUCGUUGCUGCAGACCGUCUUCACGAGGCCUGCUCGGUUGAGCUGUUCUUUCAGAGGGAAGUUUAGGACGGUCGACGGAGACCAAACCUCAUGUUUAACGUGCGUUCGCGGUCCCCGAUCCGACCUUCCGCCCCCUGAGCCUCCCGCACGCUCCUCAUCACCGUCCUCCUUCAGUGGAGGCCUCCAGGCCGGGAGCGAGGGUAAAGGCAAGCCCAGGGGAGAGGAGGAGGAGACGUGGGAGGGAGAGAGGAGGACGCUACAUUCCGGCAGCAGGGAAGGCAGGCGGUGGCUGAGACGCCCCCAGCCAUGCAGUCGGACGACCUGUUCAUCCGCAAAUUCCGCCGGCAGAGCCCGCGGCCCCCCCUGACGGCCGUGGCCUUCGAGCCCAAGCGGGACGGCGGCGGGCUGCGGACGCGGGUGGUGGCGGAGUGGCCCCCCCGGAAGGACGAGGAGGGCGGGGAGAGGGAGGGGCUGACGCCCAGCCGGGCGGGGCUGAGCCUGCGCUCGGCGGGCCGGGGCCACAUCAUGCAGAGGAGCAACAGCGACGUGACGCUGGGCGACCUGGACGCCUCGGGGAAGGCGGCGGGGAAGGCCGGCGGGGCGGGGGGUGACAAGGCGGGGGCGGGGGGCGCGGGGACCGCGGGGGACACGGGGCUGGUGCUGCACAGGGAGUACGGCAGCCUGUCGUCCCUGGAGAGGCAGACGCGGGUUCGAGCCCCGAGCAGCGAUGACCAGGGCGCCCUCAGCCCCUCCGCGCUCCGCUUCAAAGACCCCUUCCUCCUGCUGGGCCUGCAGACGGCCGCGCCGGAGCCCGACGGCUUCUUCCGCGCCCUGUCCGCGCCCACGGGCGACUCCCCGAAGCCCGCCAAGCCCGCCAAGCCGGAGCCGCAGGGCAAGAAGUCCAAGCCCAACCCGCCCCAGGCCCCCCCGCCCGUCCCCGCCGAGCAGCCGGUGGGCGGGUCGUGGGUGCGCAACUUCGCCCACUACGACGUGCAGAGCAUCCUCUUCGACCUGACGGAGGCCGCCUCCAACCGCGACAGCAUCGGCCGGAAGAAGAACAUCACCUCGGGGGCGUCGGCGGCCUCCCAGCUGCGGCCCCCCACCCAGUCGGCGUCCCCGUCGCCCGCGCACGGCGGGGGGGUCGGCGGCGGCGGCGCCGAGGACCCCGAGGCCCUGCGUGAGUCGCUGGCCCUGCUGGACGAGGGCGACGGCAACGACAACGACCUGCUGCUCAGCUGCCCGCACUUCCGCAACGAGGUGGGGGGCGAGGAGCGGGCGGGGCUGGGCCGGCCCCGGGGCCCCGGCGGCCUGCACCUGAGCCUGCAGAGCCCCAACGACGCCGUGUCCGUGCUGGAGGAGCCCCGGGAGAGCCACGUCCAGCAGCAGGGCAAGAGCAACUACUUCAUCGAGCACGCAGACCUGGGCGCCCACUACUACCGCAAGUACUUCUACAUGAAAGACCACCAGAACUUCUUCGGCGUGGAUGACCGUCUGGGGCCGGUGGCCAUCAGCUUCCGCCGGGAGGAGAAGGAGGGGUCCAGCGGCGCCCAGUACAACUACAGGAUCAUCUUCCGCACGACAGAGCUGAAAACCCUGAGGGGCUCCAUCCUGGAGGAGUCCGUCCCCUCUGCGGCCCGCCACGCCACCCCCCGCGGCCUCUCCCCCAAACGCCUGCUGGAGUUCAUCAUCCCGGAGCUGAACCUGCACUGCCUCCGCCUGGCCUCCACCUCCCCGAAGGUCCGAGACACCCUGCUGAAGCUGGACGAGCAGGGGCUGAAUUUCCAGCGGAAGGUGGGAGUGAUGUACUGCCGGGCCAGUCAGAGCUCAGAGGAGGACAUGUACAACAACGAGAGCGCGGGGCCGGCCUUCGAGGAGUUCCUGGACCUGCUGGGGGAGCGGGUGCGCCUGCGGGGCUUCGAGAAGUACAGAGCGCAGCUGGACACCAAGACGGACUCCACCGGCACCCACUCCCUGUACACGCGUUACCAGGACUACGAGAUCAUGUUCCACGUGUCCACCAUGUUGCCGUAUACUUCCAACAACACACAGCAGUUGCUAAGGAAGAGGCACAUCGGCAACGACAUCGUGACCAUCGUCUUCCAGGAGCCGGGAGCCUUGCCCUUCACCCCCAAAGCCAUCCGUUCCCACUUCCAGCACGUCUUCAUCGUCAUCCAGGCCCACCAGCCCUGCUCCGAGAACACCUACUACAGGGUGGCCGUGACGCGAUCCAAGGACAUCCCGCUGUUCGGGCCGCUGUUCCCCAAGGGGGCGCGCUUCCCCCGGUCCCCGGCCUUCCGGGACUUCCUGCUGGCCAAGGCGGUGAACGCCGAGAACGCGGCGGAGAAGUCGGAGAAGUUCCGCUCCAUGGCCACGCGCACGCGGCAGGAGUACCUGAAGGACCUGGCGGAGAACUACGUCACCACCACGCCCAUCGACUCCUCCACCAAGUUCCCGCUGCUCUCCCUGGGCAGCAAGCGCAAGGACAAGCUGAAGGGGGCGAAGGGGGCGGAGCUCCACAGCGCGGGGGCCCUGGUGUGGGCGGUGACGGCGGCGGGGGGGCGGGACGGCAGCGAGCGGCUGCCCUGCCUGCUGGGCGUGUCCGCCGAGUCGGUGGUGCUGAUCGAGCGGUGCACGCGCCGGGUGGUGUUCAACUGCUGCUGCCGGGACGUGAUCGGCUGGAAGGCGGUUCUGGAGGGCGGGGCCAAGGGCGGGCCUUCCCUGGACAUCUUUUACGAGCGGGGGGAGGCGGUGUCCGUCAGCGUGCCGGAGACCCAGGCGGAGGACGUCCGGGAGGUGGUGCAAAGAUUAGAGCUGGUGACGCGGGGGUGUGAGACGCGGGAGGUGACCCCGCUGCGGGACGGGGUGGGCCAGCCGGGCUUCCUGCUGAGCGAGGAGGGCUUCGUGACGGAGCUCCAGCGUUUCGGCUACGCGGAGAGCGGGGGCCUGCAGCUGGGGGCCCGGGUGGUGCUCCUCUGCGGCCAGCUCCUGGUGUCCCUCAGGCCCGAGGAGAGGACCGGCCUGCUGCGCACCGCGCCCAGGAUCCACCUGACCGUCAUCCCGCCGGACGAGAACGGGAAACCGCGCCGGAGCUUUUCAGAGCUGUACCUGAAAGCCAUUCAGGACACAGACCGCAAGUCAGGAGAAGGGCAGUCGGGGGAGGCCUGGGUGCUGGACGAACGAGAGGAAGAGGAGGAAGAGGAGAAGGAGGAGGAGGAGGAUGUAGAGGAAGAGGAGAGGCAGGAGGGUGAGGGCGAAGACGGGGAGCCCUCAGGAGAGGGCGAGGGCGGCGCGGGGGAGACCAAAUCCUCGGAGGUCACCUCAGGAGAGGGGGACCAGGGCACCCACCUUUCCCUGCCGAGCCUGCCCCUACUGAGGGCUACCUCCCUGCAGGAGAACCACCCGUCCCAGCCCCCCGAAAUCACACCCACCACACUGACGCGCAGCUACUCCCUGGAGAGGCACCCACCCCGUCAAGAUUCAAGCGAUGAGCACGCGUACGACAACGUGAGGGAGUCGGCCGACGGGAACGUCUACGAGAACACGGGGGCGCUGCGAGACGCCACGCCCGACCUCAUCCUGGCCGUCAAACCCAAAGUCCCCCUGGACGAGGACGAGCUGCAGAAGCAGUUUGCGGGGAUGGAGCUAAUGAAAGACCAACCCGCUGCCCCUCCCUCCUGUUCGGACGGUGGGGACCGCAGCUCCCGGGCCUUGAGUCUGCACAACUCCAUCACCAAAAUCUUGUCAGAAACCACCGAUUCCUCGGAGGAAGAGUGGCAGUCCAUUGCCGAUCUGGCAACCGCCUGUCGCAGUAUAUUGGAAGCUCUGUCUCAAGAAGAUCAGAAAGCAGGAGAUGAAAGCCAAGCUUCUGCAGACGGCAUGGACGUGUCAGGACAGACAGACGCCAAGCUGAGUGACUCUCCGGGCCACUUGGAGGAGAAGGUAUCGCAGCUGGAAACCAUGCUGAAAAGGCUGCAGGACGACCUGCAAAAGGAGAAGGAGGACAAGGCGGUGCUGCAGGCGGAGGUUCAGAGUCUCAGGCAGAACAACCAGCGUCUGCAGGAGGAGUCCCAGAGCACCGUGGCCCGGCUCAUCAAGCCCCGGCCCCCGCUCGCGCACUGCGGAUCAUGGGAUGGCUACGCCACCGCCCCCCCUCUAUGACGCAGCGGGGUUGAGUCAGAGGGAGCUGUGGCGGCACUCCCGCUGGUGCGAGGCCCCUGCCGCCCGUCUACACAGGGCAGGGUACUCUCUCCACACCAUGUGAGUGUGUGUGCAUGCGCACGCGUGUGUGUGAGUGUGUGUGACUGUGCCUGUGAGUGUGUGUGCGAGCACGUGUUGGGAGGUGCUGGACUCGAUAGGUGUGUGUAACUGUGGCUUUGUGACUUCGACGUGCAGCGAGUUGGCCGAGCUGUGCAGAAUCAAUGGCAGCUGCAGAGUCCACAAACUAUCACUGAAAGCAGGAAAGAAAAAUCUACUGAAAAAUACCUGAUAAGAAAAUCCAGUGCAAUCUGUGGAACCGUUUAUCGAAUGGAACUGUAACUUUUACAUGUUUGUAUGACCUCAGUUUCCUUUCCUGAGCAUUGCUGCAGAGGCAGUGCUCCACCUUGCUACUGCCCGAAAACCGUGUAUCUCCCCCCAUUAGCAUCACUGCAUCGUCAAACCCACUCUCAUUUCUUUGCUAUAUGCAAGGUCUGUGGUUCAAACUGGCCCUGCUGCCCUCCUGCAAGUACGGUUAGCCCUGUUCCUGAGACCGCAGUAGGAACAUGACAAUGAUCGCAAACUGAAGGAAGUGGAUCGCGCGUCGCAAACUUCACGACUCGCGGAAGGAAAAGAAAAGUGACAUUUUACGUGACUUCUCAUUACAAUUAAACUGAGCCAACAAGCUUAUAUUUUUUGUGAAUUUCAGUUACUGUUCAGUAUUAUUGCAAGAACCCUGUGUGUGUCUCUCCUGCUUUGGAUUUUAAGGAGCACCCAAAAGGGGAGGCCUGAUUUCUCAGCGACGACCCGCUCUGUCCUCAAUGUGCCAAGGGAAACGAGCUUGCUGAACCCGUCCUCUCCGACUCGACCGCAGAACUCUGUACCUCUCUUCAGCCCUUCGAUAUGGCUACGUCAAGGCUACACCCAGAAGGCGUGUACGUCCCCAAAUGCAUGUGGUCAAAGCCAUUCUUCUUUCUUUGGGCGGGAGGGGAUUGGGGGGGGGGGGGGGUUUCUUCAUAGCUCAAGAAUGUCCAGAGCCAAACAGAACCAACCAUCAUUGCCCAGGAAACGGUUACCCCGUGAUGAUGAGAUGAGAGGGAUGGAUGAGCAUAGCAUGCACGUGAAAUCCGAACAGGAAUCGGAACUCCUAUUUGGCACUGACAUUCCUCUCCAUUCGCUCCUCCUUCAACCCACAGGGCAGCACAAAUGACUCUGAAAAGGAGACUCACACACACACACACACACACACGCCCAAACACACACGCACAUGCACACACACACACACGUGCGCACAAACAUUCACACACACACACACACACCUACACACGCACGCACGCUCAUGCAUGCACACACGAACACAUACACACACACACAUACACAAUCCAGAGUUAUGAAGGGAUGCAAUGCAAAGUCCAUUAAAAAUAUUCAGUGUACCUGUAUGUUGUAAAAAAAAAAAACUAAAAAAACAUGUUUUUCUUCCUCCUGCAAUUUUGAAGACGAUGUUCUUUAUUUUAUUUUAGAUUCACUGUGAUUACCCGGUACCAGCAGAUAAUGAUAUAUUGAAAUUAAAUUAUAAAUCUAUAUCUUUAGCGAUGUAUAAAGACAGAUACAGCUGAACUUCUCGGUGUUACUUCGUGCAUUGAGUGGUGUAUGCCUGCCAGAGUGGUAUGUAAGUGAAAUGUAAGUGAAAGUGUACACACUCAGCAUGACUGGGAGUACAGUAGACUACACUCCAGAGGGACCUUAGUUGUAUCUUAGUGACGAGUGUCUUCACGGGUGGUUUGAUAUUGUUUUAAAUGAUGUCACCCUGUUGGCAAAUACUAGCAAAGUGGCAAUGUGCAAAAAUAAAUAAUGUGUGACAGUAUGCUGUAUAGUUAUUGUUGGGGGGGAGGGCGGGGAGGUCUGGGGGGUUGGGGGUUGUAAAAGCAAGAGAAAAUGCACCAAGCAACUUCCGAGUUCCCCUCUUUUUUGUGUGUGUGUAAAAACUGUAAUAACUUAUCAUCAUGCAAAUGUGGAAUUCCUUGUUAGAUGUUUUAAUAUGACUAGACAGCUUGUAAAUACACAUGCUAUGAAAUGGGAAAAGGGCGGGGGUGGGGGAGGGGGAGAUGGAGUUUUACAGUUUUUUUUUUUGUAAAGAAAAAUUAAACAAAAAAAGUUUAAGGAUAAAUAUUUCAACAAUGUUGCAUAUUUUAUUUUGUUAUUAAUAUAACUAUUAUUAUCACAGUAUUUGGGCUGGAGAUGAGAGGGUGUGUGCAGCCUACUAAGGGAAGGCUUUGUCCCUCCCCUUAUUUAAAGUUCAAAGCUCUUAUUCUCUUCUGGUUUCUAAGUCUUCCAUCAUUUCACGUCUCAGUGUAGUACAGAGUACAGCCCAGUACCUCGGCCCCCGAACGCUGUGAAACGCCCGUUUCUCACGGAGACCAACUGCAUCCUCGUCCCCAUUUCAGAUGAAACAUAAAUUAGAGAUGGAACCCAGAAAAAAAAACCCGCUCAUUGGCUAAGAUGCCUUAUUCCAGCAAAGGCGUGCCCCAUCCACAGGAAGCUGAGAGACACAUCGAACCAAAGAUUCCAACCGUUUUAGUUUUAGAAUCAGACGGCAAGUAUUACAGAGAAAUGGCGCGCGGUAUUUUGUCGGGCUUGUCGGAGAAUUUUUCCCGGAGUGUGAUGUUCUCACGCGGAUAGCAAUAUUUUCCGAGUUGUAUGCGUUCAGGCUUUCACAGAUGGGGUACCCUUUGUGACAUAACACCCCUCACACAGAGUGGAGGUCUGAAAGAUGGAAUGGGGAUCCGAGAGAGGAGUGGCCACGUGAGACCUAACUAAGUGAGGGCAUAGGGAAAUGGAGACAUCUAGCCCUGCUAAAAAUGACAAGCAAAUAUUAUCAUUUCUAAAGACAACGAAUAGAAAAUGUGAUUUUUAUUUAUCAUGGUGCUAAUUUAUUUCUAUUUUGUUUUCCCCUCUGUCUUCUCUUUCCUUUCUCAUCAGUUCACCUUGCUUUCAGUUUACUUCCCUUGCAGAUAUUCCACAUACGUUCUGUAUGUUAAAUGGACUGUGAUGAUACAAGAAUUAACUGUAGCAAACUUCUUUUCUUUGUCCAAGGGUCAUAUCCCACUGCCAUUACCUCUGUGAACAGUAUUAUCCUAACCUGGCGUGACUCACCGUGGGAAAACGAUAAAAACAAAUGGACGAAAAUACUAUUGUUUUCCUGUUUCUCCUUCAUUUAUUCGAGAAAAUGAUGGGACGAUGGAAAGUGUUGUACACGUUGAGUGUGUGAACUGGAGGGCUCCUGGCAAUAAAAGAUUUUGUCUGUACUCUGA